AUGGACCAAUCGCUAUCAACUGAAUGGUACAGCAAACCGAUAGCCUCAGGGAGAUUACUCAACUACUACUCUCUACAUCCGAUGCAGCAAAAGGUCAACGUAAUCAUGAACUUUACGAAACGUGUUAAGAAACUAACAUCGAGCCCGGAUAACCAACGAGUUAAGCAGAUUGCGCACUUCCAUCUUCGACGAAACGACUAUCCCACAACACUGAUCAAUCGCAUCGUCAACCGUGUUAUCCUUACCAAUGACACGAACAACAUUGGAAACAACAGUGAACCACGAAAUACUCAGGAGCAACCAACACAAUAUGUAUCUCUCCCAUACGUUCCGAAUCUGAGCAAUUCCAUCAUCAGAUGUCUGCAAGAGGACUAUCCGUCGAUCAAAAUUGCCAACAGCAAUAUACACACUCCCAAGAUGCUAUAUACAAACGUGAAGGAUCCAGUCGAGCCGUUGCUGCAACAUAACGUCAUAUACAACAUUCCCUGUCGAAACUGUGAGGGAUGCUAUAUAGUCAUUCCAUCCAAGGUUGCAACAGUUCCCAUCACGAUGUCGCUCAGAAAGGACCAUUCGCGUUGGAGUUUCUACCUUCACCACUACUGUUCCAUCUUCCUAGGGCUGUACCCGUACCAGUUCGAUCCGGCACGGAACCAUUUCCGCAGAAGCAUGCCGGUGCUGAUUUGUAUAGUUACAGCAAAGUUCCUGUUCAUCACAGCCAAAGCGUACUCUGCCACCAGCUUUGUGAGACAUGUUUCCUCCAUUUCCGGAUCGCUGCUUCCUUUGAUACUGUACUUUUUCAUCGAUAAGCUUGUGCUGGCCCACGAAGUCCUGCUCAUAAUCACUCAGCUGACCGAUACCAAACGGUACCUUACGGUACUGAACGACAACCUAGUUCUGGAGGAUCGCUUGAGGCAGCUGUUUCCGGAAGUGAAAACUAGCUCCUCUUGGUUAUAUACGAAAGUGAUCCCGUUGAAGGUGGCUUUCAUAGGCACAUGUUGCGCCGUAGUCGGCAGCCAGUUGGAUGAACCGCAUGCGGCAGUUAAUUUUUGCCUGUUCAUGAGUGCAUUCGUUUAUAAUGAUCAAUUUUUGAUCUGGAUGGAAAACGUCGAACGAGCUGUAGGCAUGCUAUGCCAGCACUUGGAAGCGGUUCAGAUCCGGCUGCGUCAUGUGAUUACCAGCUAUGACGAGCUGGAUUAUUGUGAGGAUUUUCACCGGAUAGCGGUGGCUCACCAUAAGAUCUAUCAGCACUUUCGAUCGGUCGUGGAUUUAUACUCAGCACAGAUGCUCAUAACGUUCCUGCUGAUUGUAAAUGCUCUUCUGCUGCUGAUGUUUAUGGAAUUUGGAUUCAUAUACUUUUACGUGUAUGAUGCGUCAGCGCCGCUAAGGAAUGACUUCAGAGGGGCAGCAUUGAUAGCGAUAAUGUGGUUGAUUAUUUUUCAAAUGAUAAUACGUUGUUCGGGAGUCAUUGAAAUGGUAGUCACCUUUAUCACCAAGUACUUGGUACUGCUCAUCCAGUUCCACCUGCAGAGCAGAUGCUCUACAGCUAUGGGUCCAUUUUGGAAAUAA